AUGUCCAUACCACGCCUUGAAUUAUGCGGUGCAGUUCUUCUGGCUGAGUUAUUCCAAUCGGUUGUUCCACAACUCCCUCCUGAUGACUUCGACACAUUCUACUGGACGGACUCCACGAUAGUGCUAGCAUGGUUAAGCAAACCGCCAUGUACCUGGACAUGUUUUGUGGCAAACAGAAUUGCCAAGAUUACACAGUCCGUAGAUGCUGGGAAGUGGUCUCACGUGCGGUCUGAAUUCAAUCCAGCUGACUUGGCUAGUAGAGGCGUGGCUCCACAGGAUCUCGCCUCAAGUAACUUGUGGUGGAAUGGCCCACAAUGGCUACAGCUUCCUAAGGAGCAAUGGCCUACUCCAAUAGAAUUCGUACCUGAGACAGAACUUGAGCAGCGUCCUGUCAAAUGCAACUUGGCUAAGUUGCCACCAUCGGAGGAUUACAUAGAUCGUUUUUCAGACCUAAGUCGUGCCCUCCGGGUGACCGUUUAUGUCCUGCGGUUCCUAAGGCGUUGCAAGGUACCAUCUACGGUCUUGCCAACUGAAAUCAGUACCGCCGAAAUCCGAGAGGCACAAGAGUGUCUUCAUGUUCUGACCCAACGGCAAGGGUAUCCAAAAGAAUACAGUUGCUUGUUAAAAAAGCAACAGAUCCCAUCAUCCAGCCCUCUCAAGAACCUGAAUCCCUUCUUAGACCACAGAGGGGUACUGCGAGCAUCGGGCAGGCUUGUUGCGUCCGACACGCUUUCCUACGAUGAGAGACAUCCGAUUAUAAUACCAUAUUCCAGUCCAUGGGCCCGUCUACUGGUUCGAUUUACUCACCGCAUAUCCUUGCAUGGUGAGAGUCAGCUCCUAAUGCGACUCAUUCGAUCCAAGUAUUGGAUUCCAAAGCUUAAAACUUUGCUAAAAGCUACUAUUAGUGCAUGCAAGGUGUGCUUGAUCUACCGAAAGCGGUUGCAGACCCAAUUCAUGGGGGAGCUGCCCGCGGAACGGGCCACUUUCUCACGUCCGUUUACACACACUGGCGUAGAUUUUGCCGGUCCCUUUGAAAUUAAAAAUUAUACGGGCCGUGCGUGCCUUAUCACAAAGGGCUACGUGUGUGUAUUUGUCUGCUUCAGCACAAAGGCAAUCCACCUUGAAGCUACGUCAGACUUGACGAGUGAAAAAUUCCUGGCGGCUUUUGCGCGCUUGGCUGGUAGAAGAGGCUGCCCACAGAAAUUAUAUUCAGACAACGGUAAGACAUUUGUGGGUGCCUCAGCCAUUAUCACGCGGGAUUUCCUACAAGCAACGAGAGAGAUGGUCACUGCACACUACAGCCACCAAAACCUAUCCUGGUACUUCAAUCCGCCAAGUGCGCCACAUAUGGGAGGACUGUGGGAAGCAGGAGUGAAGAGCUUUAAGGCGCAUUUCUACAAGUCUGCUUCCUCAGUCAAAUAUACGUUUGAAGAACUUUCGACAUUAUUAAUAAAAAUCGAGGCGUGUCUCAAUUCACGGCCCAUUUCUCCAAUGUCAGAGGAUCCUACUGACUUAUUAGCCUUGACUCCCGGGCAUUUUUUGAUCGGUGGCCCACUGCUAGCUCUGGCCGAACCAGAAAUUAAAGCUAACGCAGUAUCCAUCAUCAACCGUUGGCAACGUUUAAAGGGCCUUCAUCAACAAUUUUGUGUCCGAUGGAAGGAAGAAUACCUAAAGGAGCUCCACAAACGGAAUAAGUGGCAGUCACCAACUACGAAUCUCCAGGUCGAUGACAUGGUUAUCAUAAAGGAAGACAACCUGCCCACGAACGAAUGGCGCCUCGGCCGAAUUCAGAAGGUUUGCCCAGGUGCAGACGACAAGGUCCGAGUGGUGGAUGUUCUUACGUCAAGAGGCGUAAUACGUCGGCCGAUCGCGAAAUUAAUACUUCUUCCACUCCUAAAGUAA